ACCACCAUGACGCUGCUCUGGCUCCAAGGGACGCUCCUCCUGCUGGGGAUCUGCUCGGCCUCCGUGCUGGGCCCGCUCGAGACGCUGUGGGACGAGCAAGAGAAGAGCGCGGGUCAGGAGGCGCCGUACCCGCCGUACCUGCUGCAGUUCGGGCGCACGCUGACGAGCGUGACGCACGCCCUGCUCGAGAAGCACGAGAACGCGGUGAACGAGCGGCUCAAGCGACUCGAGAUGCUGGUGGACGGCGCCUGCAGGCCCCCGGCCGCGCUCGCCCAGCCCGCGGGAGCCGACCUCGAGGCCAGGCUGACGAAGCGGCUGGACGGCUUCUCCGACCAGAUCUCCGCCCUCCUGCAGUCCCUCGGCGACUUCGGCGCCAACGUCCACUUCUUCAUGAAAAAGACGGAGGACAACAUCUUGGCCUUGCCCACGAAGACGGACAUGGACCACGUGCAGGCGCGGCUCAUGGCGGCGGUGCGAGAGGUGACCUCGUCGGCGCGGGCGGGAGCCAAGGCGCCCGCGCCCCCCGCCAAGACCCUUGAGAAGAGGCUGUCGUCCUUCGUGACCCGCGACGACCUGGCCAAGCACACGCGCCGCCUCGACUACCAGCUGCAGAGCCUCAGGGACCAGAUGGGCAACGCGUCCCUGAAGGAAGUCCUGAACCUUACGCGCAGGACCUUCCGAUCUGUGUCGUCCCUCCGACCCCUGUACGAAUCCCUGGCCAAGGUCGCCAGCAACUGCGACCUGGAGGAGGGGCAGUUCGACCGCCUGGAGGAGAUGAUGCAGGAACUCUCCGAGGACGUCGACGAGAACAGCAGCGUCCUCUCGGGAAUGAGCCUCGCCCUCGAGGACGCCGAGGACAUGCUGGCCGACAGACUCACGGCGCUCGAGAGACUCACGGAGCGGCUGAACGGCGACAGAGCCGACAGCGAACCGCGGGAAGUCACCUCGAGGGCGUCCACGACGUCCGCCCCGACGACACAAGAAUCGAUGGCGGAGUGCCUUGACAGCCAGUUCAUGGGCGGCAGGAACUCCAUGGACGUGUGCAGCCUCGCCGUCCGUUAUAACAAGUGCCGCCUCCAAGUGGUCGCCUACCACUGCUGUCGCUCGUGCACUGACGCCGGCCACACGCCCGAAGUGGGACCGCACCGCUUUCUCGAUUACCCUCGCCGUGUGGAUAUGUUCAUGGGGCUCAGUGAGGGCUUGUAGGGGCCGA